AUGCUGCAUCCGGAGUCUCCAUUCCGGCUGGUGUGGCUAACGCCUGCCUUCGUUUUCGUUCUCGGGGAGGCGUUCCUGGUGCCUUUCAUGCUCUCCUUCGAUGUGGAUACCCAGCCGAACAGCGUUCUCGGCAUCGCCUUCCGCGUCGUUGACCU